AUGGUCACAGAAGUCGACAUGGUAGUUCAGUAUCCAACUGAAUUUCUCAAUUCACUCGAACCAUCCGGAAUGCCACCACAUGACUUGCGUCUAAAAAUUGGUACAUCCAUUAUGCUAUUAAGAAACCUGGACGCGCCAAGAUUAUGUAAUGGAAGUAGGCUAUGUGUAAAAACUCUUAUACCUCAUGUAAUUGAAGCAACAAUCAUGACAGGUUGCGCAAAAGGUGAAGAUGUUUUCAUACCAAAAAUACCCCUGGUUCCUUCUGAUGUACCAUUCGAAUUCACACGCCUUCAAUUUCCAGUACGCCUUGCUUUCGCAAUGUCUAUUAAUAAGGCGCAAGGACAAUCGCUGAAAGUUAUUGGUGUAAAUUUAGAAACUCCCUGUUUCUCUCAUGGUCAACUUUAUGUGGCAUGUUCAAGAGUUGGAACUGGCAAUAAUUUGUAUAUCUAUGCCCCGGAUGGAAAAACGAAAAAUGUCGUUUACGAAAAAGUGCUUCAAUAA